AUGGCGAAAAUCAGUGCCGGACCCGUUGUUGACAUUUUGGGUGAUGAGAUGACCCGCAUCAUCUGGGAUUUGAUCAAGGAAAAACUCAUCCUGCCAUUCUUGGACAUUGAGCUCCAUGUUUAUGACCUGGGCAUAGAAAACCGAGACUUAACCAAUGAUCAAGUGACAUUGGACUGUGCCGAAGCCGUGAAGAAAUAUAAUGUCGGGAUCAAAUGCGCCACGAUUACGCCCGACGAAAAGCGGGUCGAAGAAUUCAAGCUGAAGAAAAUGUGGAAGAGCCCCAAUGGCACCAUUAGAAACGUUCUUGGAGGUACAGUGUUCAGAGAGGCCAUUAUAUGCAAAAACAUUCCUAGGUUGGUUACUGGAUGGGAAAAACCUAUUAUAAUCGGAAGACAUGCCCAUGCUGACCAAUAUAAGGCUACAGACUUCAUCGUUCCUGGAGCUGGAAAACUUACAUUGACGUGGACCUCUAAUGACGAUAAAGAUAAAAUUGAAGAAGUCAUCAAUGAUUUCAAAGGUGCAGGAGUAGCAUUAGGAAUGUUCAACACAGAUGCGUCUAUUACUGAUUUUGCGCAUUCUUCAUUCAAGUUUGCUUUAUCAAGGGAACUUCCAUUAUAUUUGAGUACUAAAAACACCAUCUUGAAAAAGUAUGAUGGUCGUUUCAAAGACAUUUUCCAGGAAAUUUAUGAUUCACAAUACAAACCAUUGUAUGAAGCCAAAGGUAUUUGGUAUGAACAUAGGUUAAUUGACGACAUGGUGGCCUAUGCCAUGAAAUCUGAAGGAGGAUUUGUAUGGGCGUGUAAAAAUUAUGAUGGUGAUGUUCAAUCAGAUUCUAUUGCUCAGGGUUAUGGCUCAUUGGGUUUAAUGACAUCUGUAUUGAUUUGCCCCGAUGGUAAAACUGUUGAAUCAGAAGCUGCACAUGGCACUGUCACGAGACAUUAUCGUAUGCAUCAACAAGGUAAAGAAACAUCUACUAAUCCAAUUGCAUCCAUUUUUGCAUGGACAAGAGGAUUAUUGCAUAGAGCAAAAUUGGAUAAUAAUCAACCACUGGAAGACUUUGCCAACAAAUUGGAAGAAGUUUGCAUUGAAACAAUGGAAGCUGGAUUCAUGACUAAAGAUUUGGCCAUAUGCAUUAAAGGAAUGAACGGAGUUCAAAGAUCUGAUUAUCUGAAUACAUUUGAAUUUUUGGACAAAUUGGCUGAAAAUUUGAAACUUAAAUUAAAACUCGCAUGCAAAUAG